GGACUACGCGAUUAUUUUAGCCAAUUCGGUGAAAUAAAUGAAUGUAUGGUGAUGAGGGAUCCGGUUUCAAAACGAGCUCGUGGAUUUGGUUUUAUAACAUUUGCUGAUCCAUCAAGUGUUGAUAAAGUUUUAUCACAUGAACAACAUGAACUCGAUGGAAAAAGGGUUAUUUUUACAGUUUUUUAAUUUUAUCUAUUCUGAUAUAUCAGAGAGAUAUAUUUAAAUAUGUAUUAAAAUCUUUCUCACUUCCUGUGUGUGGUAAGGAUCAUCUUUAAUCCUGGAUCCUCUGUCACAGGUCUGGGAGAUUGAGGCCUA